CUUUCUUUUAUUAACUAACUCUUGUGAUUAUAAAACUAGAAGAGUUGAAUAACUAUAUAUUAGUAGGAAUUGUAUUCUAUCAGUUUUUUUGUUUGUUUGUUUCUUUCUUUGUUAAUAGUAACAUUUAGCCAAAAAAUGCAAGGAGCUGCAGCCACACAAGGCGAUGGUAUCCCUACCUUCAAAUGUAUUCUGGUCGGUGAUGGUGGUACCGGAAAGACUACCUUUGUAAAGAGACAUCUUACUGGUGAAUUUGAGAAAAAAUAUGUUGCCACUCUUGGUGUUGAGGUUCAUCCUCUUACCUUUGAUACAAAUCGAGGUCGAAUUAGGUUUAAUGUAUGGGAUACCGCUGGUCAAGAAAAAUUUGGUGGUCUUCGGGAUGGUUAUUAUAUUCAAGGUGAUUGCGCCAUUUUAAUGUUUGAUGUAACCUCACGUAUAACUUACAAGAAUAUCCCUAACUGGUAUCGAGAUUUAACCAGAGUAUGUGAAAAUAUCCCCAUGGUACUUUGUGGAAACAAAGUUGAUAUUAAAGAUAGAAAGGUCAAAGCAAAAUCAAUCACUUUCCAUCGGAAAAAGAAUUUACAGUACUACGAUAUUAGUGCGAAAUCUAAUUAUAAUUUUGAGAAACCAUUCCUUUGGUUGGCCCGUAAAUUGAUCGGUGAUCCUAACCUUGAAUUCGUUGCUAUGCCGGCUCUUGCACCUCCCGAAGUUACCAUGGAUCCAGAAUGGCAAGCCAAACUUGAGAACGAAAUGGAGGAAGCUAAGAAAAUCAGUUUACCCGAUGACGAUGAUGAAGAUCUUUAGAUUAUUGUUUUGGAUUUUCUUCAUAAUAUUGAUCACAUCAUCUUUAUCUUCAUCAUCUUUCCUUGCUCUUUUUUCCAAGUCGUCAUACUAAAAAAAAGAA